AUGGGGGCGAAGGAUCUCUAUCUGCUCCAAAUCGUCCAGUACAGCGCCAACGAGUCGGAGAAAAAACCGAGUCAUUGGGCCUAUUUCAUCCAUUUUACAGACAAGACGGGCAAUGUCACGGGCGACGGUGAGCUGCACGAGCUUGCAUUCUCUCCAACAAAGGGAUACCGCUACGUCCAGCGUCGCGCAAAAUUCCUCACCCAAACUUUUCGAGGCGCAUGUACACUUGGGUUAUUCUACAAGAAGAACCUGUACAAGAUUCUCGACGAGCUCGAGGCCGGCAAAGUCCCCUCGCUUUCUUCUGCAACGACGACAAUGGGUGCGAAUCCUGUCGCAGACGGACGUAUCUCACAAGCCUGGGUCGAAGAUCGACUCGAGGCAAUGAGGCGCGCUGGCGUCGUCUUGCUCGGUCCCUCUUUUGCGGACCUGGCACGGAGGGCGUAUCAAAACUGGCGUGUCCACCGUGAAGAGCGCAAGAUGCGAUUACCUACGUCCCAUUCCUCGUCCGGGACACCUAUUCCGGCACUUGCGUCCACGACGACAACAACGGGCGCGAGCCUGUCGCUCGUCCAAGAGGACGCGGCGGAGAUCGUCAAGCGACAUUAUUCCUAUCCAUUUACCCAAUACGCCAAAGACUGA